AUGGCCCAAAAGGAACCUGAAGUGGCGCAAACGGCACCGCGGCUCGAUGAGGAAGGUCUCUCUGCGGAUGAGAUCCAACUUCGCGCACAGGGGCAUGUUGGCGAGCUGCCCCGACAAUUCUCGCCACUGUCGACGCUGGCUCUGGCCUUCAGCAUCACAAAUAGUUGGGUUGGAUAUGCCGCCACCUUUGUGACGCCUCUCUAUGCCGGCGCAGGUCCAGCAGUCUUUUGGGCGCCAAUAAUUGCCUGCAUCGCCUGCCUGUUCAUCACCCUUGGCCUGGCCGAGCAGGCUUCUGCAUUCCCCAGCAGUGGCGGGCAGUAUCACUUCGCUUUCAUGGUCUCGCCCCCAAAGUACCGAGCUGCUGUCGCCUUCACAGCCGGGUGGCUCAGUUCCUUUGCCUGGCUGUUCACAACCGCGUCUGCCAAUCUAUUCUGCGCGUCACUCUGUGUCAGCUUGGCGACGCUCCAGAACCCGGGCUUUACGCCUACGCAAUGGCAAACUUGGCUCAUUUACACGGUUUUCAUCAUCUUAUGCACGCUCAUCGUGAUCUAUCUCCCUCGAUCUAUCCCCAAGCUGGAGACGUUCUUUUUCUGGACAUCACUGGUCGGGUUCUUGGUCAACACCAUUGUCCUCUUGGCUGUAUCGCCAUCGAAGCAGACUGGCUCUGCCGUGUUCACCGAGUGGACCAAUCUAACUGGUUGGGAUAACGGCGUAGCGAUGCUCCUCGCAAUAGGUCAGUCCAUGUAUGGAUUCCUGUGCACCGACUCAGCGACACACAUCUCGGAAGAGCUCCCGAACCCCUCGCGCCACGUCCCACGCGCAAUGUGGAUGACCAUAGCCAUCGGCAUAGUGACGACCGUCCCUUUCACCCUCGCAGUCCUGUUCUCCACUCAAGACUUCGAAGCCGUCUCGCUCUCGGGCCUCCCCAUCAUGGAAGUCUACCUGCAGGCCCUCCGCGGCAACACGUCGGCCGCCCUCUUCUUCACCUUCUGGAUCCUCUUCAUCUACUUCGGCGCCACCAUCGGCCUCGUCGUGACCUCAGGCCGCCUCCUCUGGGCCUUCUCGCGCGACAACGGCCUCCCCUUCUCCGCCAUCUUCGCCAAGACCCACCCGACGCGCCACGUCCCCGCCAACGCCACCAUCCUCACCGCGUGCUUCUGCAUCCUCUACGGCCUGAUCUACAUCGGCAGCACCACCGCCUUCAACAGCUUCGUCGCCACCGCCAUCCUCAGCCUCAACCUCACCUACACCCUCCCCCAAUUCAUCGCCCUGCUCCGCGGCCGCGACCGCGUCCUCCCCGCCCGCCAAUUCAACCUCGGCCCCUACUUCGGCACCUUCUGCAACGCCUUCGCCUGCGCCUGGGUCGCCCUGUACGCUGUGCUCUUCUGCUUCCCCAUCUUCCUGCCCGUGACGGCCGACACGAUGAAUUACGUCAGCGUCGUCAUGGCCGGGACGUUCUUGUUCAUCGUCGUUAUGUGGUGGGUCGCGGGGAAGCGAAAAGUGUUCACGGGGCCGAAUAUUGGCGUUGAGGGACUGGAGUUGUUGAGCGCCAUCAAUGCGGGGGAUGUGCAGCGGGCGGGUGUGGCUAGGGGGAGUAUGGAGGCAAAAGAAGCUGGGAGGUGA